CGGGUAAUCGAUGAAAGAAACAACAAUAAAAGUAUAGUAAAAAUACGAAUAAAAGGAGUAGGAAAAAUAAAAAACGAAAUAACAGCGAUUGGUGUGCAACAUGCAUAAUAUUGGUAAUGGAAGCAGCAAUAACAGCAGCAAUAACAACAGCAGUAACAAUCGUUCACUUGUUUAUGACGGUAAAAUAGCUGGUCUGUAUGAUCUUGAAGAAACAUUAGGUUCUGGCCAUUUUGCCGUUGUAAAAUUGGCACGCCAUGUAUUUACCGGUGAAAAAGUUGCCGUUAAAGUUAUUGAUAAGACAAAACUGGAUGAUGUAUCCAGAGCACAUUUAUUUCAAGAAGUUAGGUGUAUGAAAUUAGUGCAGCAUCCUAAUGUGGUCAGGCUAUAUGAAGUAAUUGAUACACAAACCAAAUUAUAUUUAAUAUUAGAAUUAGGUGAUGGUGGUGAUCUCUAUGAUUAUAUAAUGAAACAUGAAGGUGGUCUAUCAGAAAAUUUAGCUAGAGAAUAUUUUAGACAAAUUGUUAGAGCAAUAUCGUAUUGUCACAAAUUACAUGUUGUACAUAGGGAUUUAAAACCUGAAAAUGUGGUUUUCUUUGAAAAAUUAGGUGUAGUUAAAUUGACUGAUUUUGGUUUUAGUAAUAAAUUUUGCCCAGGGCAAAAAUUAGAAACAUCUUGUGGUAGUUUAGCAUAUUCAGCACCAGAAAUAUUAUUAGGUGAUUCUUAUGAUGCUCCCGCUGUUGACAUUUGGUCAUUAGGUGUCAUUCUGUAUAUGUUAGUAUGUGGUCAACCGCCAUUUGAAAAAGCCAAUGAUUCUGAAACAUUAACAAUGAUUAUGGAUUGUAAAUAUACAAUGCCAGCACAUGUUUCACAAGGUUGCCGUAAAUUAAUUGCAUCGAUGCUAGUUAGAGCACCAGAAAAACGUGCAACAUUAGAACAAAUUGCCAAAGAUUCAUGGUUAAUGGAAGGUUUAACAAAUGAUCGAGAACAACAACAAUUACAACAACAAGAAAUCACAUCACAACCAGAAUAUUUACCUUUGAUAAGUAGACAGCAAGUAAGCGAAGAAGAUCAUACCUUAAUAGUACAACGUAUGGUUAAUGGAAAUAUUGCAACGAAAGAAGAAAUCUUAGAAGCAUUGGACCGGAAUGAGUAUAAUCAUAUAACAGCAACAUACUUUUUAUUAGCUGAAAGAAAAUUAAGACAAAAGAGGCAAGAACAAAUGCAAAAACGACGACCUGAUUUAUCAUUACCUGUUUCAGCUCAAUCUAGACUAUCUCCAAGAUCUCGAAUACAAGGUAUAAAAGAUAAACAAGCUGCAAUUGAUGCUAACAAUCAACUUCUAGUUCCAACAAGUAGCCAAAUCUCAGCACCGCGUACCCCUGGAGCGGAAACACAUUCGGGUGGCCGGACCCGAAAAUGUUCAAUAGUACAAGAGGAAGAAGACGACGAAGAUGAAAUACCAAAUUGCAACAAACAUAAUGAACUAUUAGCGGCACCAUUAAAUCGACGAGGCUCUCGUUCAGAAGGUCGUAUUAAUUUGGCUGUGCAAGACAAAGUUUCUAAUGUAGUUAAUAGUGGUAACACUGGAUCAGAUAGAUUAACCAAUACUCAUCAUACAAAUGUUACGAGUUUAAUGCAAAAAGAAAUGAAACCCGUUGUUGGAAUCUCAUCUCCUGCGCGUGGUAUUGAAAACAUAAGUGGAUUAAAAUAUGUUAAACGCACCAAUGCUGAAAAUAUGAGAAUGAGACUAGGCAAACCAAGAGUAACACAUCAAAUACCACAAAUUAUUCAAUCCGGUAUAGGUGAAGAAAUUACGACAGAAUUAGAGAAAAAUAUGAAACCUAAUGAUCAGGAAGGAAAAUCGUGUCAGCAAUUUCGAUCAAGUUCAUUGGACCAACAAAUUACCAAACCAAUCGUUGACUGUGAAACCAAAUUUUUAGUAGAUUCAUCGACAAUAACUAUACCGAUAACAUCAAGUAAUGAAAAUGAAGCACUAGUAAAUGCAAUACCAAAAUAUAAAACAAUGCCAUCACCGACUAGAGCUGGUAUUUUAGGUUCAUGUUCCAGACCACUAAAUGAAAUUUUUGAAGAAGGUACUGAUAUUGGCUCGUCAGACACAUCUGCAACAACUACACCUCGACCGAUAAUUAGAGCUCAUUUUACUGGAACGAAUCGUGGCAGUGCUGGUACUUCUACUACAGUUCACCAGCACCAUCACCGUCGAACAAAAUUCAACAAAACACGAACCCCUUCCUGUUCUAGUUCAGAUGCUUCUGAUGAUGAUUCAGAGUCAAGAAAAAAGCGCGCCCAUAAAAUGGUGGGUGAUGUUGCGUCGAAGCCAUUCCAAGUACAAAGAAGGGAUUCCCAUGACGAUUCAAGUGACUCACAAGAUCCAGGAACAACAGGUGCUACAAGAAAUACUUCAUUAACGACAACUACGCUCAUUUAUACUACAAAUAAUGAUAAUAAUCACAAAACAAACUCUGGUUCAGGAAGUGCCCGAGGAUCUGAUACUCAUAAUAGCACUACCAGAUCUAAUCAUGAUUCAUUAGCAGUAACGACAAAAUCUAAUACCAAAGAUACAAAAUGCCAAAUUGAACAUAAUUUUGAUAAUGAAAAUGGAAUAAGUAAUUGUGCAAAUUGCAUGCAGCAGAAGACUGAUCCCAAUACAUUAUCGUCGUCUUCAUAUAGAAGACAUCGUAAUGGGCGAAGAAGAGCUGGUGAAACUCGCUUGCGGGAAAGUCAAUCGUUAAAUAGAAUCACAGAGGUCCAAGAAUCUGAAUUACCAGCUAUAAAUACAGGAAUCAUAACAAAUUCAUCAAAUCAUAAUAGUAGCAAUUUAGACUUACAGGGUAGCCGCGAUACUAUCGAUGGUAGUUAUUUAGAAUAUCGUCGUGAAUCGAUAGCUGAAGGCGACGAAAAUAUUGUGUUAUCAUCGUCAGAACAUAACAAUUUAGAAGAACAAUCCGAAAAAGAAAUACAAUCAGUUGUCAGCAAAAAUAUAAAAAAGACACCAGUUGUUACUGCUAAAGCAGCUGUUGAAAUCAAUAGUAAACCCAAAGGUUUUAGCGCACGUUUGUUUCAUGGUUUUAUAAGAAAUAAAAAUUCAUCAUCAGCUCAAAAUUCAACCACAGUAAUACAGGGUAGCAAUAAUAACGAACAAAAUUUUAUUGAUAAUAACAAAUCUAAUUUAAUACAACAACAACCACAAAUAACACAAAAUAAUCAAAUAAUUCCGGAUCCACAUUCAGCUGAUGACGUCGAUAUGGUAUUGGGUGUAAUUCGGGAUACAUCAACAAAUCCAAAAGGUUCUUCUGCAACAAAAAAAUUAAAAAUGUUGGGAAAAUAUUUUCAAGUUCAUAAGAAAAUUUGCAUUCCUGCAUUAUUUCAUCGUGCUACCAGCAGCAGUACUGGUGGUGUUGGCGGAGGUGGAGGCGGUGAUAGUCGUGGUUCUCAUCAUCAUCACAAACAUAAAAAUUCAUCAUCAUCAAAAGCAUCAAAUACGAACGCAUCUGAUGGGCGUUUAUAUAAAGCACAUUCAUGUGGUUCAAUCGAACACAAUCGUGUUAACCUUAAUCCAAAUUUAGACCAAUUUCAAUUAGAAAAUUGUAAAAAUAAUGCAAUUAGCAAUAAUGAAGGUGAAAAUUGUGGAAAUUUAACAAAUCGGCAUUCAGUAUUAUUAAAUAAUGAAAAAAGUAAUAAAAUAUUAAAAAAUUGCUUAGGUUCCCGUUUUUUAAAUAGUAGCGAUAGUGAUAUUAACCAAAAUACUGAUGUUAGUAGUAAUUGUUAUCUUAAUAAUGGCGGUAAUAAUAUAAAUUAUAAUAAAUUAAAAAAUCAUUGCAAUGAAAUACAAACAACUAAAUCAUUUUUAUUAUCAAUAUCACCACAUUUUACUAAAUUUAAAAAUCAACAAAAAAAUAAUCCCAAGCACCAAAAUGAACAAAAAAAUAAUGAUAAAGAACAAGAAUAUAAUAUUCAACAAAGCAAUUUAUAUAAAUCAACAUUAUCAUCAUCAUUAAUAUCACCAUCAACAACCGCAACAAGUACAACUACAACACCUACAACUUUAAUAACAAAUGAUUCCAAUGAAUCACCGACAAUAAUUACACCGAAUACUCAAACCCCUCCAUCUCCUCCUCAAGUAGCUUUAAUGUCUUCAUCAGUAUCUUCAACAGUUUCUUCAUCAACAACAAUAGAAACAAAUAAUUUAUUCCGAAAUUCAAUUUUAAACAAUUCAAUGACAUCCACGCUGUCAGCACAAAAUCAAAUCAAAAUUAAUAAUAAAUCUAAUAAUAGCAUAAAUAAUUGUAGUAAUAAUAGUAGUUGUAGUAAUAGUAGUAAUAAUACUAAUAAUUUUAAUAUUAAAAAAAAUAAUAUCAAUAGCAAUAGUUGUAAUAAUUUAUCGACAACAACAAUUAGUAAAAUUUCUUCAUCAAAUUCAUCACCCCAUCAAAUUAAUGACGUUCCAUUAUGUAGUAGCAAAUGUUGAGAUAGAGAUGAAAAUUUUUAAUUAAUUUAAAUUUAAAUAUUUAUCAUAAUAAAAUUAAAUAAAAUACGAAACUAAUUAUGGUGUUAUAAAAAAGAUUCAUAGAAAAAAUUACUAUUACAUACACAAUG